UGUGGAUUAGUGUUUGCUUACUGGAGAUGCGAACUGUUUGGAACGAUUCAGUCCGAUUUGGUGAACUGGUUCGACCGGUUCACUGAAAAGAACCGGUUAAAAAGAACGAUUCGUUCGCGAACCGGACAUCACUAUUUUCUGAGCAGGUCAUGAUGGCUCGAGCAGCUCUCAGACUGAUUCUCUUGGGCGUCUUUCUCAUCUCAGUCAGUUCACAUCCUGUUAAGAAGAAACAUAAUGUAGAUAUAUACAGCUUCUACAUUAACUCCACGGUCACCAGUCGCUACGCCACAACGGUCAUCACAAGCCGUGUGGCGAACACACUGAAUGAAUCUCAAGAGAUCCAGUUUGAGGUCAAGAUACCCAAGACUGCCUUCAUCAGCAAAUUCAGAAUGACAAUAGAGGGGAAGACGUAUGAUGGCAUUGUGAAGGAAAAAGAGGAAGCUCAGCAGCAGUACAGUAAAGCAGUAUCUCGAGGACAAAGUGCUGGACUGAUCAAAUCUGUUGGAAGGACUUUAGAAGACUUUAAAACUUCAGUGACGGUGGCUGCUUUUAGUAAAGUGACCUUUGAGUUGACCUACGAAGAACUGCUAAAGCGUCGCCUCGGCAAAUAUGAGUUACUCAUCAAUGCCCAUCCGAUGCAGCCGGUGGCAGAUUUCAAGAUGGAUGUACACAUCCAAGAGAAACCAGGAAUUUCCUUCUUGGAGGUGAAAGGAGAUUUGAGCACCGGUGAUCUGGCCAAUGCCAUCAAAACCACCAGAGCAGACAAAGACGCAUGGGUGACCUUCUACCCCACUCGAGAUCAACAGACCAAGUGUAAAAGCUGUGGAGAAAAUGGACUGAAUGGUGACCUGCUUAUAACAUACGAUGUUGAGAGACAAAAUCCUAAAGGAGAAGUUAUGGUAUCAAAUGGCUAUUUUGUCCACUACUUUGCACCCUCUGAUGUUCCACGUAUUCCCAAAAAUGUGGUGUUUAUCAUUGACCGGAGCGGUUCUAUGUAUGGCAGAAAAAUAGUUCAGACUCGUUUGGCACUGCUAAGGAUUUUAAGUGAUCUUGAUGAGGAUGACCACUUUGGAUUGAUCACCUUCGACAGUGACAUUGACACAUGGAAGCGUGAACUCCUGAAAGCUACCGAGCAAAACCUGGAGAAUGCAAAAUCUUUUGUGAAGGAGAUCAGAGAGAGAGGAACCACAGACAUAAACGCUGCAGUUCUAGCAGGAGUGGACAUGAUCAAUCGACAUCCACGAGAGGGAACCGCCUCCAUCCUGAUCCUGCUGACUGAUGGAGAUCCCACUUCAGGUGAAACUAACAUAGAGAGGAUAAUGGCCAAUGUGAAAGAGGCCAUUGGGCUGAAGUUUCCCCUCUAUUGUCUUGGUUUUGGACAUGAUGUUAACUUUGACUUCCUGACAAAGAUGUCACUGGAAAAUGGUGGAGUUGCUCGCAGGAUUUAUGAAGAUUCGGACGCUGAUCUACAGCUGCAGGGCUUCUAUGAGGAAGUUGCCGUCCCUCUCCUCACUGAUAUUCACCUUAAAUACACAGGAGGGACAAACCUUACCGAGACCAGCUUUACCCUGUACUUCAACGGCUCUGAGAUUGUGGUAUCAGGACAAAUCACAGACAACAGUGUGGAGAGUUUCACCACUGAAGUCAUUGCAGUAUCAAAGGGCAAUAAUGUGAAGUAUCAAGACACUGUAAUGAUAAAAGACCCCAGUGAUGUCCCACCUGAGAAUCAAGAUUUCAUGCAGAGACUGUGGGCCUACCUGACAGUGAAGCAACUUCUGGAAAGGCAGGUCCUUCUCAAAGGACAAGAGAAAGAGGAUGAAGAGAAAGAAGCUCUCAAACUGUCCCUGAAAUACCAGUUUGUCACCCCCCUCACCUCUAUGGUUGUCACAAAGCCACAGGAAGAUGAAGCGGAAGUUGCCGACAAACCCAAAGAGGGAAAAGAGGAACCUGAAUCAAUGUUGCUUCCUGUGACUCAAUCUCAUCUUCUGGCUGUAGCUGAUCCGUGGCCCAAUACUCCAGGUUUUGCAUAUGAUUUCUUUGAUGCUGAUACAUAUUUACAUCAUAUGCAGCCAACUUAUGCCUCCAAAACUGAACUAUUGCUUACAACUGAGAACCCUGUACUGCAAGUUUGUAGCAAUUGUUUCCUGCUGUCUGCUGCUGGUCAGUCUAAGCCACUUUGUUUUGACGUUCCUGUUCCUCACAAACUCAAACUGCUACAAGAUUCUGCUUCAGAUUUCGUUAUGAAUGGAGAGUCUUUGAGUGGACAUAAUGGAUUUCAUCAAAUUGCUUUUCAUUACAAAACUAACCAUCACUUGAUAAUAAGCACAAAGUCUAGCAGUUACCGAAAUGGACAGGAUGAUGUGCAGAUCUUGUGGGGCCAGACACCAACUCAACGUGAUACAGAGGACGUGUCUCUGGUUGUACUUGAAGAUCAAAUGAACGUCACCAUGGGAAAUAUUCAUGUUGUUAUUCUUCUUCAAAAGAAAGAUCAGGUCCUGUUUUUGUGGCCUGCCAUUUGGGAAUAUCCAAAAGAUGUCAAUUUGACAGGCAUUUUAGGAAAACCCAAUAUUUCAUAUGAGGAGAUUGAAGGAUCGCAAACACCAACUCUGAAGAUAAUGAACAAGGAGGUGGAGACACAUUUGGAGACUGUGAGUGAUUACAGACUGCAUUCAACUCCUUUUCAAGAAUGUUGGCAUGUACCAUUCCAGGCUGUGAUGGGGGGCGAGAUUUCUGAUUUCACUGUCACUCAGCUGUAGAGUUAACAAUGUUUCCCAAUAUAUUUUGAUGGAUUGUUUUAAGCACAGUAAAUGUUUCAAUGGUUCAAUCCCAUCUGACCUAGAAACUGUAUUGUUAAAACAUUCCAAGGUAGGAAGACAUAAAGGCAGAUCCAAAUGUUAGAUAGAGCAUAGAUGCAUCCUUUGCUGCCUUUGAUAACCCACAAUCUUGUGUGUUCUAUUCUGUGACAGUUGAGUUAAAAAAUAAAGAUGCAAUCUGAAA